CGCAAAGCGCAAAACGUGGUUAGCGGUCGGCGCAUGCGAAGUGGCGACGACGCUAUUCUUUGCGUGCGCAAAGCUUUAGCGUGCGCUAUUCUAAAACUCUCUAAUGUCCUCUGCAAGUACGCGACCGCAUUUUCGCAACGUUUCAUUGUUUUCAGGCUUUUCACAGUUCCGUACGCUCGGGGGCUUUCCACCAAGAUCUGCAGGAUGCCCACCAUCGAGUCGCAGUUUGUGUCCCGUACGUAUGACAACAUUGUUAAGUCCGAGUCGGACAAGAACGAGUACCGAGGCCUGGAGCUCACCAAUGGCAUGAAAGUACUCCUCAUCAGCGACCCAACGACCGACAAGGCAGCUGCCGCGCUCAACGUUCAAGUUGGCUACAUGUCUGAUCCGUGGGAGCUGCCUGGGUUGGCUCAUUUUUGCGAACACAUGCUCUUCCUGGGCACUGAAAAGUAUCCAACCGAGAACGAGUACCACAAGUACCUGUGCCAGCAUGCAGGCAGUGCCAAUGCCUUCACUGCGAACGACCACACUUGCUACUAUUUUGAUGUGGCCCCGGAGAAUCUGCAGCAGGCCUUGGACAGGUUCUCAGCCUUCUUCGUGUGCCCGCUGUUUAACGAGGACGUGUCGGACCGUGAGGUGAACGCCAUCCACUCGGAGCACGACAAGAACCUCCAGAAUGACAUGUGGCGCCUUAAGCAGCUGGAGAUGUCGACAGCCGACCCAAAGCAUGACUACUGCAAAUUUGGAACCGGGAACAAGGCUACAUUGGACAGCCUUCCCAAGGCGAGGGGCCUUAAUGUGCGGGAGCAACUGCUUCAGUUCCACAGGCAGUGGUACUCCUCCAACAUCAUGGCCCUGGUAGCCUUGGGCAAAGAAUCGCUGGACGAGCUGACCGAGAUGGUGGUGCCCCUGUUUUCGGCCGUUCCCAACCGUGGAGUGAGUCGGCCGGAGUGGGCCCAGCACCCCUACGGCCCCGACCAACUCAAGGUUCUGGGCCACAUAGUUCCCGUCAAGGACAACCGCUACAUGUACAUGACCUUCCCGACCCCGGACAUGCGCAAGCACUACAGAUCAAGUCCCGGAGACUACCUGGCCCACCUGAUUGGCCACGAGGGGCCCGGCAGCCUGCUCUCGGAACUGAAGGCACGAGGCUGGGUGAACUCCCUCAUGGGCGGAGAGAAGGACGGAGCUCGGGGCUUCAGCUUCACCAUAGUGAACGUGGAUCUGACCGAGGAAGGCCUAGACCACUCGGAGGACAUUGUGACCCUGGUAUUCCAGUACUUGAACAUGCUUCGCAAGGAAGGCCCCCAGGAGUGGGUCUUUAAGGAGCUGCAGGACCAGUCGCGCAUGGCCUUUCGCUUCAAGGGCAAGGACACUCCCCAGGGCUAUGCUCGUGACUUGGCCAGCCUGGUGCACCUCUUCCCGAUGGAGGACGUGUUGGCGGGACCCUACCUGCUCGAGGACUACCGGCCCGACCUGAUCGAAGACCUACUGGGCUACCUGCGACCAGACAACGUCCGGAUUGCCCUUGUGGCCAAGCGCUUUGCGGGUCAGACGGACUCGGUGGAGAAGUGGUACGGUACCAUGUACAAGCUGGAGCCCAUUGCGGAGACGGUGCUGCAGAAAUGGAGGGAAGCUGGCACCCAUGAGAACCUGCGCUUGCCUCCUCGCAACGAGUUCAUUCCAAACAACUUCGACGCCUGUGCCCGCGAGCCCGAGAGCCAGCCGCUGCCGACCAUCAUCAAGAACACGGAGUCGACCCGGGUGUGGUUUGUGCAGGACCAGGAGUACAACCUGCCCAAGGCAGUGCUCCACUUUGAGUUCAAGAGCCCAGUUGCCUAUCAGGACCCUCAUUAUACCAACAUGACGCACAUGUUUGUGCGCUUGUUCACUGACGCCCUGAACGAGUACGCCUAUGCAGCCAUGCAGGCGGGACUCAACUACACUCUAGACAACACAAUCUACGGCAUUGUGCUCAGCAUCAAAGGCUACAACGACAAGCAGCACGUGCUACUCUCCAAGAUCAUGGACAAGAUGACCAACUUCACUGUCGACCAGCAGCGCUUCGACAUUCUCAAAGAAGCAUACAUUCGGGGCCUGAAGAAUUUCAACGCCGAGCCGCCGCACCAGCACGCCGUGUAUUACACAUACAUGCUCUUGGCACAGAAAGUGUGGUCCCACGGCGAGAUGCUCGAGGCCACGGAAGAGCUGACGAGGGACCGGGUGCAGGAGAUGAUCCCCAAGCUGCUGUCACGCAUGCACCUCGAGUGCCUGAUCCAUGGCAACGUGACCCGCCAGCAAGCUCUGGAUCUGGUGGGCAUCGUCGAAAACAGCCUGCAGAGCUCGAUGCACACCAAGCCGCUGCUGCCUAGCGAGUUGGUGAGCCAUCGGGAACACCAGCUGCUUGAACGUGGUGAAUACGUCUUCGAGCGGUUCAACCAGGUGCACCACACGUCGUCCAUUCAGACCUACUUCCAGUGUGGACCGCAGGAAACGCGGGCCAACGUGCUCGUCGAGCUGCUCUGCCAGCUCCUCACGGAGCCGUGCUACAACGUCCUACGCACCCAGGAGCAGCUGGGUUACCUGGUGGCCAGUGGGCCUCGGCGGUCCAACGGUGUCCAGGGCAUCCGCAUCAUAGUGCAGUCAGAUCGGCCACCCGUGUUCCUAGACAGCCGCAUCGAAGCUUUCCUCAUCUACAUUGAGAAGUACAUUCAGGACAUGAGCCCAGAAGAAUUCCAGUCCAACAAACAAGCCCUGUCAGCCCGACGUCUCGAGAAACCCAAGAAGCUGCCCCAACUGGCUGCCAAGUUUUGGAUGGAAAUCCUUACGCAACAGUACAACUUUGACAGAGACAGGCUGGAGGUAGCGUGUCUGGAGAGCCUGACAAAGGACGACGUGAUUGCCUUCUUCAAGGAGCACAUUGCAAUGGGAGCCCCGCUGCGGAAGAAACUCUCGGUGCACAUCAAGUGCGGCUGUCAGGGCGACGAAGCUGCAGACUCUGGCCAUGCCGUCACUAAUGGACCCAUCAGGAUAGAAAACAUCACGGAGUUCAAGAGGAGCCUGGGCCUUUACCCUCUGGCGAAGGCGUGCAUCAAUGUCCAGCCACCGUCGUCUGGAGCCAAAUCUAAGUUAUAGCCGCGCGUUGGGAGCCUCGUGCUAGGGCCUUCUUUCACACCAUUAAAACUGUCCAAGAACGCUG